CCCCCCCGCCUCCCACCGCCCGGUCUGAACGCUGAGGAUGGGCAGUCCGGCAGGGAAGAGGCAGGGAGGGGAGGGAGGCCGCGGCGGACCCGCACUGCAGCAGCUGUUACCCGCGUGUGACUCGCCUGUCCGGCCGUGCACCUCGGGCAGAGUCACAAGGCGCAGAGGGGAGGGAGGGAGCAGCGCGUCCCCCUCUUAGGUCUCUGGGGACCGAGUUGGGAGAUCCCGGCUUCUGCCCUCCCCUCGCCUCCCCCGCGCUCGCCCAGCCGGGGAGGAGGAAACGCGAGCCGCGCGCAGACACCUCCUCCUUCGCCGCCGCCGCCGCAGCCUCCGCGCUACCGCGCCUGUUGCUGCCGCCGCCGCGGGACCCGCCGUGUCCUCAGCUGGGUGAGGUAGAGGCGGGAGCCGAGCGGAGGGGAUCCCUCCCGGCCCCCCGCCGCCUAAGCGCUCAGCCGGCCCGGCGCGAUGGGCGCCCCGCCCGCCCAGGCCGUCCCCACGCCGCCUCCGAGCACCUGCGCUCCCCGGCCCGGCCCCGGGCUCUGAGCGCGCCGCUGUACAGGAUUCUGCCUCAGAAGCACAUAAAAUAGAUUGCCCCUUCUCAAAUAGAAAACAGUGGCAACGUUUUGCUGAGUUUCCAGACCUUUCCCAAGAUGGAACCAAUAACAUUCACAGCGAGGAAGCAUCCGUUCCCUAACGAGGCCUCCGUGGACUUCAGCCUGCAGCUGGUGGGCUUGCUGCGCGUGCAUGCCCUGACCACCAUGCCGAUGCUGCCCUGGGUCGUGGCGGAGGUGCGACGGCUCAACGGGCAGGCCUCCAAAAAGGAGCCUGGUGCCGGGCAAGUCCGGCUUUGUGUUUCCCCCUCCGGACUGAGAUGUGAACCUGAGCCAGGGAAAAGUCAACAGUGGGAUCCACUGAUCUGUUCCAGCAUCUUCGAGUGUAAGCCCCAGCAUGUUCACAAACUGAUUCACAACAGUCACGAUCCCAGUUACUUCGCUUGUCUGAUCAAGGACAGUGCAGCCAGUCAGCAGAGUAUCUGCUAUGUGUUCAAAGCCUACGAUCAAACAAAAGUGCCAGAGAUCAUCAGCUCCAUUCGCCAGGCUGGGAAGAUUGCCCGCCAGGAGGAGCUCCAUUGCCCGUCCGAGUUUGAUGACACGUUUGCCAAGAAGUUUGAGGUGCUCUUCUGUGGCCGGGUGACCGUGGCCCACAAGAAGGCUCCUCCGGCCCUGAUCGACGAGUGCAUUGAGAAGUUCAGUCACGUCAGUUGCAGCAGGAAAGCCGAAUUCGACUUGGCCUCCCAGAAUUCUGAAACCCCAAAUCCCGUGGGAGGCCUUUCCUUCUCUGAUAAGUUCCGAUCUGUGCUGCAGCCGGUGGGGAAUGGGGAGCAGGGCCGGAGGCCCAUGCGCAAAUCCUUCUCCCAGCCGGGGCUGCGCUCUUUGGCCUUUACGAAGGAAUUUCAGGAUGGAAGCCUGCGAAGUAGUAGGUUUUUCAGCUCCUUUGAGGAAAACGACACUGAGAACCACCUCAUUAGCGGACACAAUAUUGUGCAGCCGACAGAUAGUGAGGAAAAUCGAACUAUGCUGUUCACGAUUGGCCAAUCUGAAGUUUACCUCAUCAGUCCUGACACCAAAAAAAUAGCAUUGGAGAAAAAUUUUAAGGAGAUAUCCUUUUGCUCUCAGGGCAUCAGACACGUGGACCACUUCGGGUUCAUCUGCCGGGAGUCUGCAGGGGGUGGAGGCUUUCACUUCGUCUGUUACGUGUUUCAGUGCGCCAGUGAAGCUCUGGUCGAUGAGAUCAUGAUGACCCUGAAGCAGGCGUUCACCGUGGCAGCGGUCCAGCACACGGCUAAAGCCCCCGCCCAGCUGUGCGAGGGCUGCCCCCUGCAGGGCCUGCACAAGCUCUGUGAGCGGAUAGAGGGAAUGAAUUCUUCCAAAACCAAACUAGAACUCCAGAAACACCUGACGACAUUAACUAAUCAGGAGCAAGCAACUAUUUUUGAGGAGGUUCAGAAAUCAAGACCAAGAAGUGAACAGCGAGAGAAUGAAUUGAUUAUUUCUUUCCUGAGAUGUUUAUAUGAAGAGAAACAAAAAGGUCACAUCCAUAUUGGGGACUUAAAGCAGACCUCACAGAUGGCAGCAGAGAACAUCGGAAGUGAGCUGCUACCGAGUGCCACUCGAUUUAGGCUGGAUAUGCUGAAAAACAAAGCAAAGAGAUCUUUAACAGAGUCUUUAGAAAGUAUUUUAUCCCGGGGUAGUAAAGCCAGAGGCCUCCAGGAACACUCCGCCAGUCUGGAUCUGGACAGCUCCAUGUCUAGCACUUUAAGUAACACGAGCAAAGAGCCAUCUGUGUGUGACAAAGAGGCCUUGCCCGCCUCCGAGAGCUCCUUCAGGCUCCUCGGCUCCUCGGAUGACCUGUCCAGUGACUCGGAGAGCCAUCCCGCAGAAGAGCCUGCCCCACUGUCACCCCGGCAGAGCUUCCGAAGGCGCGCCAACACCCUGAGUCAUUUCCCUGUGGAGUGCCAGGAGUCCCCGGAACCGGCUCAGGGCUCUCCAGGGGUCUCCCAGAGGAAACUUAUGAGGUACCACUCAGUGAGCACAGAGACCCCUCAUGACCGAAAUGGGAAUCAUCCACCUGUGGGCGAGUCUCAAAGUCGCUCAGGUCAGUCUGCAGCUGCUGCUCCUCCUCCUCAUCUUAACCCCUCCGCCUCCUCGCCAAAUUUUUUUAAGUACCUAAAACAUAGCUCAAGUGGAGAACAAAGUGGGAAUGCUGUGCCAAAGAGCAUCUCCUACCGUAAUGCCCUGCGGAAAAAACUUCAUUCUUCUUCCUCUGUGCCAAAUUUUCUAAAAUUUCUGGCUCCUGUAGAUGAAAAUAACACCUCUGAUUUUAUGAACACGAAAAGGGACUUUGACUCCAAAGCUAACCACCUUGGCGAUGCCAGCAGGACCCCCGUGAAGACACGGAGACACUCGUGGAGGCAGCAGAUAUUCCUCCGAGUGGCAACCCCACAGAAAGCGUGCGAUGCCCCCAGCAGAUACGAAGAUUAUUCAGAACUGGGAGAGCUUCCACCGCGAUCUCCCUUAGAACCGGUUUGUGAAGAUGGACCCUUUGGCUCCGUCCCAGAGGAAAAGAAAAGGACAUCUCGCGAGCUUCGAGAGCUAUGGCAAAAGGCUAUUUUACAACAGAUACUGCUCCUCAGAAUGGAGAAGGAAAAUCAGAAGCUACAAGCCUCUGAAAAUGAUUUGCUGAACAAGCGCUUAAAGCUCGAUUAUGAAGAAAUCACUCCUUGUCUUAAAGAAGUAACCACAGUGUGGGAAAAGAUGCUUAGCACUCCAGGAAGAUCAAAAAUUAAGUUUGACAUGGAAAAAGUGCAUUUGGCUGUUGGGCAAGGUGUGCCACGUCAUCUCCGGGGGGAAAUCUGGAAAUUCCUAGCAGAGCAAUACCGUCUUCAGCACCAGUUUCCCAGUAAACAGCAGCCAAAGGACACGCCGUACAAAGAACUCUUAAAACGGCUCACCUCCCAACAGCAUGCAAUUCUUAUCGACCUCGGGCGAACCUUUCCAACACACCCGUACUUCUCUGCCCAGCUGGGAGCAGGGCAGCUCUCACUUUACAACAUUCUGAAGGCCUACUCGCUUCUAGACCAGGAAGUAGGAUACUGCCAAGGCCUCAGCUUUGUAGCAGGCAUUUUGCUGCUUCACAUGGGUGAGGAAGAGGCAUUUAACAUGCUCAAGUUUCUGAUGUUUGAAAUGGGACUGCGGAAACAGUAUCGGCCGGACAUGAUUAUUUUACAGAUCCAGAUGUACCAGCUCUCGAGGCUUCUUCAUGAUUACCACAGAGACCUCUACAAUCACCUCGAGGAGCACGAGAUCGGCCCCAGCCUCUAUGCCGCCCCCUGGUUUCUCACCGUGUUCGCCUCACAGUUCCCCCUGGGAUUUGUAGCCAGAGUCUUUGAUAUGAUCUUUCUUCAGGGAUCAGAGGUCAUAUUUAAAGUGGCAUUAAGUCUGUUGGGAAGCCAUAAGCCCUUGAUUCUGCAACAUGAAAACCUAGAAACCAUAGUUGACUUUAUAAAAAACACCCUUCCCAACCUGGGCUUGGUGCAGAUGGAAAAGACCAUCAGUCAGGUGUUUGAGAUGGAUAUCGCUAAACAAUUACAAGCCUAUGAAGUUGAGUACCACGUGCUUCAAGAAGAACUUAUCGAUUCCUCUCCUCUCAGUGACAACCAAAGAAUGGACAAAUUAGAGAAGACCAACAGCAGCUUGCGCAAACAGAACCUUGACCUCCUGGAACAACUGCAGGUGGCAAAUGGUAGGAUCCAGAGCCUGGAGGCCACCGUUGAGAAGCUUCUGACCAGUGAAAGCAAGCUGAAGCAAGCCAGCCUUGCCUUGGAGCUGGAGCGGUCCGCCCUGCUGCAGACGGUGCAGGAGCUCCGGAUGCAGAUGAUGGCAGCGCCACGCGGGCCGGAGCCUGACCUCACGAAGCCCGGGCCCACAGGCGACUGACGGCCCAGGACAUGGCUCCUCGCCAGAGCACAGCUCUAGGGGACCCUCUGCGCCCCGUCCUAGCACUGUCCAGGCCUUAACCGAGAGGGACAGACGAUGCCUGAGGAAGAGAACGAGGCAUGACACGUGCUUCUCAGGGAGGCCGCUGGCUCCAGCAUGGAGACUGUUCUGAAUUAGAACGUGCAAGUCAUGGGGACAGAGGUCCCAGUGUUUUUGUUGCUUAGGUUGCAAUUCGUCCCCUUUCAGUCCUGAUUACUGUACCCGGUAGGUUUAGGUGGCAUGGACGUGAAUAAAUGCACCUUCAUGUUUC